AUGCUUGUAAAUGUAUCAGAUGAAACACAGAGAGAAACGAACAGAGAAGGCUACGUUUCUCAAUCUGUUGCAUACAGACAAGAACAAGAUUGGUGGAGUCUAAUAAUGAAGUUAAGGUUCGACGGUGAGAAGAUCCCUGCAUUGAAGAAGAGCCGUCUUGUCCCAUCAUUAAAGGUCGAUAGCUUCGGCUCGAUCCCACAGAUAUCGAUCGAUACCUCUGAUGAUCAGGCUUGUGGUUCAAAUAUUUGGAUAACUAUUGACCCUAUAGCAACCGUUGAAUCUCCGGCCAAUCUAACGUUGAGGCUAAGUGCUUUGCAGACAUCAAAAUCAACGGUAAAUUUCUCUGUCAUGCUUCUCCCAACUUCUACUCUCUCAAACCCUACCAGUUGCGUCAGUGGCACGCCACCACCCACCAGAGACUUUGAACACUUUGGUGGUUUCCAGAACACGAGCACCACGUGGCUACCAGACCGUAGCCCGUGGUUCUUGACCCCGAUAACUAUCCGGAUCUUGAGAUCGUGGCAAUUUACUGUGGAGAUAUCCACAGAGGUUGUCUUGUUUAGGUUCAUGAUUGGAUUGGUUUUGAUGUGUAUGAUCGAUGGAGCUGAGAGAACAAAAGUCGAGAAAGAAGAGUAG